AGCUCCUCUACUGUCCACUGAAACUGCAGAGGAAUUCAUCGGCUUCUAUUCCAAAUAAAAAGGCUUAAGCCGCGUGAAACUGUCGCUGAAUAUCUGUCAGUGCCAACCACUCCUAAAAUAAAGCGUGAGUUAAACUAUUCUGGACCUUUGAAGCACUCCGUCAUGAAGACCCGGCGAGAUCAUUUCACGGGCCCGUCGAGAAAUCGCGCUCUUAUCACUCAAACUACAAAUCCCACUAUGCACUGCAACAUCGGCGCGGAGAUCAAGACCUGUGCAAGAACCCGUUUUCCCGCUCUGCCAGUGACAUUAAUCCGCGGUCAGCAGGAGGUCAAAGCAGCGGUCAGCACGGACAUUUAAGCUAGCCUGACCCCCCCGAAAACAGGGACUUUGAAAACCGGUGGGACGCAGAGGACCUGUUCGCUGAGACCGGAGCUAAACCUGUGUGUCUCUCCCUCGCCUGCGAUGUGCGGGGAAACGAGUGGAUUGGUGGGACGGAUGCGGGAGAAGAUGCAGAGGGAGACCUGCACAGCUGUGCUGAGCUGAGGGUGAAACAGGGAAGUGAUGAACGUGAAGGCGUCUCUGCCCACACUGACGAUCAGCCGUCAUCCAGACAGCAUGAAGUCUGCAUCUGCCUCUCUGCUGCUCGGUGUGUGUGUGCUGCUGCUGUCUGCACCGACUGUUCCUGCAGUUUCCCAUUACACCUUAUUGGUGGAGGUGUAUGAGGGGGCGGAGUCUGCCGUGUUGCCCUGUCAGGUCCCAGUUUCUUUUUCCACGGACUCCUCAGCAGCAGAGUGGGAACGUGACGAGUUCAAGGUCCCAACAGUCCACGUGCGUCUGCAGAGCGGAGAUGAACUGGAUCAACAAAACAAUCGUUACAUCAACCGAACAUCAAUGAGAGCCGACGCUCUGCAGAGUGGAGACCUCAGCCUCACUCUGAGGAACCCUACACUCUCUGACAGUGGAACCUACACCUGCACCACCCGCAGGGUUGGACAAGUUCAGAGCCGGAAGAACAUCCAGCUGAUGGUCAGAGCUCCUCCUCGUCAUCAUCAUCCUCCCUGUGUGUCUGUGCUCAGGCUCUUCUGCCAUCUAGUGGUCUUCUGUCCGUACUGCAUCUCUACUGGUCUGCUGCUGUCCAUCUGCUGCAGCAGGAGGACACCAAACAGACCAGCUGUCUCCAUGGAGAUGACCCAGCGUGAUGGUGGAGGUCAGGGUCUGGAAGAAGACUAUGAUGACAUCAUUGCCAAUGUCACCACUGAGCAUAACUUUUAGGUUAAAGCAAGUUCAGUUAAACAGCAGUGACAUCAGGACAAGCAAGGCUAGCAGUGCUUGUCCGGUCAGAUCUACAAACAUUAAUUCAAAUGUACCAAAGUAAAGUCACCAUGGAAGCUUGUUUCUGCCACAGAAACUAUCCUUAACUCUAAAUAUUGAGAAAAUGAGGUGAAAAUUCGAGUGCGCUCUGCAAAUCAUGAAGCUCCAAGAAAGAGGUUGUUAUAAAGAAGAAAGAGGACAUCAACACAUGUGCACCAAAAUGGGGUAGAAACAGUAUCAGUUAGCCUGCAGUGAUGAGCAAACAUGAACAAACUGCUGUCAGGUUUUUGACCUGGUUGAUGCCUUCAGCCUCCUGCUUCACAGUAACAAGGAAAUGAUGUACCUUCACAGAGCUUCCUGAUUGGCAGAGCUAACUCAAAAUUUCUGAGUUUUGAACGGCAUUUUUUUUUUUCAGUGGCAGAAACAAGCUUCCAUCAUUCUUUCUCUUAGUCUCUAAGACAGGCUGCCAUAAAGCUCCUCACAGGGCUGCAGCCAUCCUUUUCAUUACUGCCACCUUGUGGCCGCAGUUGGUUAUUGUUGCUGGAAGCUCUGCUUAUUUUGUGUUCACAAGAAACUGCAGCUGUCUCCAUUUUACGGGCGUGUCCGUCUCCUGGUAACAAUGAGCUGGGCAGCAGCUUUUUCUGCAGGUUUGCUCAUUGUGGAUAAACCUCUUUGUUGUGUUCUCCCUCGUGUUGUGUGUUCCUCAGCUCUGUGCUAACAGCUGUAGAGGGUUUGAAUUACGUUCUCCCUCCUGAGUCCUGUGUUUGGGUCCAUCCAGCCAACAGAUGAGGGUGAUGAUGAUGAUUAUGCCGAACAUUAAACAGAACAUGAAGUAUUUAAAAUGAGCUCCACCUUAAUCCUAUGCAGCAGUAAUAUUAAUCAGUUUAACACUGAUGGGGGACGUGUAGUAUGUGUAGGAAGCUGUCAGCAUUUAGAGACAGGCAGCAUAAACAGUGUUAGUCUGGAUCCAUUUGAAUUGUUAAAUGGAUCCUUGUUCACAGGAAGCUUCUCCUGCCUUCCUGACAUAUUUCUGUAUUAGCAGAGUCAGAGAUGCUGCUGCUCUUCCUGUAUGCUCACCAACAGCAGCCACAGGAUUGAUUGUUAUAUUUAGAUGGAAGAGAAUAAAUGUUUGAAGACGA